CCUGGUCUGUAAUGUCUUUGGCUGACUUGCCUGGCACAGGUGCCAGGCAGCUCUAUGCUUGUUUUUAGCAAGGCAGCUCUUUGAGCCUAUGACCAGUUCCUCAGUACUACCUAGCACCGGAAAGGAAAGAGCAAGGGCUGGUCUGGAAAGAAGCGAUCCAGGUUAGGGGUUGCAUCCGAGAAUGGGGCUCGAAGCCACUUCGGUGCUGUGUGACCCCAAGAGGUUUUCCCAAAAUGUUGACUUAGUCUCCUCUGCAAAACGCACGGUCCUGUAAAGCCAGUGGAAAUGCCGUUUGAAGCCGAGUUCCGACGUUUUGCGCUGCCCCGCGCUUCCGUGAAAGGCUUCCAGGAGUUCUCGCGGUUGCUGUGUGUGGUACACCAGAUCUCUGGCCUGGAUGUGCUGCUUGGCUACACCGAUGCUCAUGGCGACCUGCUGCCCCUCACCAACGAUGACAGUUUGCACCGGGCCCUUGCCAGCGGGCCCCCGCCGCUGCGCCUAUUGGUGCAGAAGCGGGCAGAAGGCGACUCUAGUGGCCUGGCUUUUGCCUCCAACUCUCUGCAGAGGCGCAAGAAAGGGCUCCUGCUUCGACCAGCUGCACCUCUGCGCACCCGACCACCCUUGCUAAUCAGCCUACCCCAGGAUUUCCGCCAGGUGUCUUCAGUCAUAGAUGUGGACCUACUCCCCGAGACCCAUCGACGCGUGAGGCUCCACAAACACGGCUCAGACCGCCCCCUGGGCUUCUACAUUCGAGAUGGCAUGAGUGUUCGCGUGGCUCCCCAGGGCCUGGAGCGGGUUCCAGGAAUCUUCAUCUCCCGCCUGGUACGUGGGGGCCUGGCUGAGAGUACAGGGCUGCUGGCAGUCAGUGAUGAGAUCCUCGAGGUCAAUGGCAUUGAGGUGGCUGGGAAGACCUUGGACCAAGUGACGGACAUGAUGGUUGCCAACAGCCAUAACCUCAUUGUCACUGUCAAGCCUGCCAACCAGCGUAAUAAUGUCGUGCGAGGGGCAUCUGGGCGUCCAGCAGGGCCUUCCUCUGCAGGGCCUGGGCCUACUGACCCUGAGAGUGAUGAGGACAAUGACCUGGUCACUGAGAAUCGCCACCCUCCCUGUUCUAAUGGGCUGUCUCAGGGGCCCCUGUGCUGGGACCUGCAACCUGGCUGCCUACUUCCUGGUGCUGGCAGCUCUCUGCCCUCCUUGGACAGCCAAGAGCAAGCCAACUCUGACUGGGGGAACGGCAUGCGAGGUGAUGUUAGUGGAUUCAGCCUCUGACAGGCAAAGAUGCAGCCCUUGUCAGUUCAGGCUGCUGGAGCGUGGCAUGGACUUCCCAGCCGGGGAGGGAAGAUUAGCUUGCUCACAGAGCCCUCUCAGCCCAGGGAAUAUUAAAGGUUGUCUACAAAUGCA